AUGUUGUCGCAGGAGGGGGGUCAAGUUGAAGAUUGCUGCUGCGCGCCAAUGCUUCAUCAGGAUAAACUGGCAUACUUUCGAAUAAAGGAACUCAAAGAUAUCUUGCAUCAGUUAGGCCUACCAAAGCAAGGAAAGAAGCAGGAUCUUAUUGACAGGGUAUUGGCACUGUUAUCAGAUGAGCAAGGUCAAAGGCAUCAUGGGUGGGGAAGAAAAAAUUCUUUCACAAAGGAGGCAGUGGCAAAAAUUGUCGAUGAUAUAUACAGGAAAAUGCAAAUCCAAUCUGCUCCCGAUCUAGCCACUAGGUCCCACACUGGAUCAGAUUUAUUCCGGCCUAAAGAUGAAGUCAACGACUCCUUCCAGCCACAGCCAGUGACUAAGGUCCGCUGCAUUUGUGAUAGCAAGUUGCUAAACGAUAAUAUGAUCCAGUGUGAGGAUGAUCGAUGCCAUGUGUGGCAACAUAUGAGCUGUGUGCUCGUUCCAGAUAAGCCCACUGAGGGUGUUGGCCCUGAAGUUCCACCCCACUUCUACUGUGAAUUAUGCCGACUAAGUCGGGCAGACCCGUUUUGGGUCACUACAGGGAAUCCAUUACCCCCUCUGAAAUUCAUGUCAUCUGGUGUUGCAAAUGAUGGAACAAGUGUACUUCAAACCGUGGAGAAAACCUUCCAACUUUCUCGAGCCGAUAGGGAAACAGUUCAGAGAUCAGAAUAUGAUCUCCAGGUUUGGUGCAUUCUUAUGAAUGAUAAAGUUCAGUUCAGGAUGCAGUGGCCCCAAUAUGCAGAAUUGGAAGUGAAUGGUUUUGCUGUACGAGUAGUGACCAGACCUGGUUCUCAGUUGCUAGGCAUAAAUGGACGGGAUGAUGGGCCAUUGAUAACCACAUGCAGUAGAGAAGGAACUAACAAGAUCUGCUUACGGAGGGUUGAUAAUCGAACAUUUUGCUUUGGAGUCCGAGUUGCUAGGAGGAGGAGUGUUCCUCAGGUUUUAAAUUUAGUUCCAAAGGAAGCUGAAGGUGAGUCUUUUGAGGAUGCUCUUACUCGUGUUCGGCGCUGUCUCGGAGGUGGAGAUACUGCAGAGAACGCUGAUAGUGACAGUGAUUUGGAAGUGGUUACUGAAUCUGUUACAGUCAACCUUCGUUGCCCUAAUAGUGGAUCCAGAAUGAAGACUGCUGGAAGGUUCAAGCCUUGCGUUCACAUGGGUUGUUUUGAUCUCGACACCUUCGUGGAACUGAAUCAGCGGUCCCGCAAGUGGCAGUGUCCAAUAUGUUUAAAGAACUACUCUCUUGAGAAUUUGAUGAUUGAUCCUUACUUCAAUCGGAUUACUUCUCUGUUGCGUGAUUGUAGUGAAGAUGUCAAUGAGAUUGAUAUUAAGCCAGAUGGAUCUUGGCGUAUAAAGGGUGAUGUACCAACUAGGGAAUUAUCUCAGUGGCAUAUGCCUGAUGGCACGCUGUGCAUCUUGAAGGAAGAUAACAAACCUGGUGUUGAGAAUUUUAAUGAACUCAAGAUAGAAGGUACUUCUGAUGGCCAUAAGAGUUUAAAAAUUGGAAUCAAGAGAAAAAAUGGAAUUUGGGAAGUUAGUAACAAAGCAGAUGACAAGAAGCCUUCUGUGGUAGGAAAUAUCACCCAGAACAAUAUUACUUUCCGAACUCCAAACACUUUCCCUAUGAGCAGUAGUCCCACUGGGAGUUAUAGAGAUGGGGAAGACACAAGUGUGAACCAGGAGGGCAGUAUGCAUAUUGAUUUAUCAUUGAACAAUGGUCAUGAGUUUGAAAGUUUUCCUCUCAAUUUCGGCCAAACAUAUAAUACAGAGGAUACAUCACAGCAACAACUUAGUGCUGGAGAUGUCAUUGUUCUUAGUGAUUCUGAUGAAGAGAAUGACACAAUUGUUUGCCCACCAACUGUCUACGACAAUUCUACUGUAAAUGACGGUGGUUUUCCUUUUGCCACUAGUGAUGCUGGAUUUACUGGAAGAUACCAGGAAGAUCCUGGUGUCGGUACUAGUGGCCUUGGUUUAUUAAGCAACAACGCUGAUGAUUUUGAGAUGACUAAUUGGCAAAUGCCCUAUUCUCAACCGGAGCAAGGCUACCAGUUUUUCGGGGAUGGCACCGCCGAUACUUAUGUUGGUUCGCACAAUUCCUUUAGCAUUACACCAAACGACUAUUCCCUUGAUUGUAAUGUUGGCAUAGAGGAGGCUUCUGUAGCUCAUGACCUUCCAGUUUACCGCAGUAAUAAUGAAAUGCAUGGAAGUUUGGUUGAUAACCCAUUGGCUUUUGGUGGUGAUGAUCCUUCUUUGCAAAUUUUUCUUCCAAGUCAGCCUUCUUCUGCUCCCCUUCAGGAAGAACCAAGUGAGCGUGUAAAUGCAUCAAAUGGGGUUCAGUCUGAUGAUUGGAUCUCUCUUACGCUCGCAGCCGGUGGAGGUGGUAAUGAAGUGCCUGCAGCUGCUAAUGGUUUAAAUUUGCAAGAACAAAUACGGUCAAAUGAGACAGGAGUGGAACCAUUAAUUGACGCUGCUUCUGUGCUUCCAAGCACAAACAAUGACAGAGAUGACGGAGCUAAUUUAAAUCCAAUAAGGAUUGAAAAUAUAUUUUCUCAUCCUCGCCAGCCUCGGUCUCGGUCGGUCAGGCCUCGACUUUGUUUAUCAAUAGAUUCUGACUCUGAGUAG